GCCGCGUCAAUGUCUGCGCCGACGUCGACACCACGACCCUACACAACAUGGCAAGGCUGGCGCUGGAGAUGUGCCCAUCACGCGAGCUGCCGACUAGGCGCACACACAUCUACACGGACGGCAGCUACAACGGCAUCCCACAUACAGCCGCCUGGGCAGUAGUUAUUGUCGACGAGUACGACGACGGGCGCAACUCACGAGGCCCGUUUGGCUUUCGGGGUUUCAUUGCUGGCAAGGUCACCGAGUCCCUAGACGACAUGGCAAACAACGAGAAGGUGACGGCAUACACAGCUGAGCUCACGGCAGUACUUUGGGCACUAAUGUGGGCCCUUGGUCAAGACACCGCCGCGCCCAUCGAGGUGACGCCCGACGCCCUCAACGUUAUCAACCUGGCCAAAGAUGCGGUCAAGGCCGCAUACCCUCCCAUGCGGAACCAAGACUUCAUCAUCGGGGCCACUCAGCCGCAAGCAGCCCCAUGUGCGAUCCAGAGGCCCAUCAGCACCACCACCAUCAAGGCCGACCUCAACGUGAAUUUGUGCACCUACAACUGCAGAUCACUCAGGGCCGCCGUCAGCUUCAAGUCGGGCAAAGGCAAGGCGGCCGGCAAAAGCAAGCAGAGCAUCUCCAAGGUUACGCACCUAGCAGCACAGUUUGCUGACAUGGGCCUGCACGUCGGGGCCCUCCAGGCACAGACAUGGUCAUCGCCUCAGCAUUUGCACCCCACGAAGACUCCCAUGCGGCUGAGAAGAGAGAAUUCAUGGGAGUCUGCUCAGCGAUUGUCUGCCAAGUACCGUGUGGACAUCUUUAUGGGGGACCUGAACGGGCGUCUUGGCGACUACGAGUCCCCAGGAGUUGGCACCAGUGGGUGCCCAGAAGCGACCAACGGCAAUGGCAAGCACAUCAUCAGGCUCGCAGCCGACACCGACAUGGAAGUCAUCAACACCACGAAGGAUCCAGGCAACAACUCGUUUACGCAUAUCGGAUCGAAGGGGCAGCGCCGCAGGAUAGACUACAUCCUGCUGAGCUUCUCGAUCGCCCCGUACGUUGCGAGCUGCAGCACGGAGCCAGGUCUUGACCGAGGCACAGCUGCACAAUACCACAUACCAGUACUCGCCACCCUCAAGUGGGCCGUCUGCAAGACCACCAAGGCCUCAGGACCGCGGCCCGAUCUGACCAACUUAAACAACGAUGUCGCCAAGGCCAGCUUUAAGGAGAUUCUCAAGCAGGCCCCGAUCAUCCCCUGGGAGGUGGACGUCAACACCCACUGCGAGGAGGUCACCAGAGUCGUCAACAACGCGGCCAUCCAGGCCUUCGGCAAGGCCGUCAAGGCAGCGAGGAAGCCCUACGUCACCAAGACUACCAUGGGCCUAAUCCGAGCCAGACGCCUCGCACUUCGAGUCCAUCGCGCAGUGCUCAGAGGAGAAGCCCAUGACGACCGACCUGGACGACUAGUAGCCCACGCCCACUCUCUUCUUGGAGGCGAGGUCGGGGCCUCACUGGCCCUGUGGAGCAGAGAGCGUGGCGACGACGAUGGCACCAUCCACGACAUCCACGACUACGCGCACCUCCUCCUGAACUGGACGAUCUCGCCCAUGGUCUACGCCAUGGCCAUCCUUUCCUUCCUCAGCAGGUCUGGGCUCCUCGUUGCCUCGGCCGUCGAGAAGGACGCCUCAGCUGCGUCCUCCGCCUCCGCUGCGAACGACGCUGCGGCCCAGUGGAAGGCCUACCGCGACCUACUAAGGUAUGGCGGGAGGAAGGCGAAGUUCCCAGCAGGAAAGCCGAUGCGGCUCGACAAGGAUGGAGAGGUGAUCCACAACUCCCAGGACAUGGCGGACCAGGAGCUCAACCAUUUCGCGAAGAUACAGGCGGGCAAGAUCGUGACAGCGGAUGAUCUUGCCAACAAGUAUAAUCAUGACAGCAAGACCAGGCCUUUCGACGGCAUGCUGGAUCUCUCCAUGGUGAUUCCCAUGGCCGUCUGCCAGGCCCAGUUCGCUGCGGCCAAGGCUGGGACGCAAGGAGGCCCUGACGGGCUCACGAACGCCGUCCUCAGGGCGGCUCCUACAGAGGCAGCAGGGCUACUGCACCCCCUCUUCACCAAGGUGGCGACCACCGUACGGGAGCCGCUGAGCUUCAAGGGCGGGGACCUGAUCCUCUUAAACAACGUCCUGGGCAAGCACCACCAUAAAUACCUGAGGGCUAUGCUCAACACUACCCUCGCCAUAGCGCUGGAGGACAUCCAGGUUGGCGGCCGGCCCAAGCUAGGGGCUGACAUGGCGGUCCUAGCAGCGCGCCUCUUCACAGAAAGAAGCCAGGCCCAAGGGAAGUGCUCCAUGAUCAGCUGCUACGACUUAAAGGAAGCCUUCUACUCGGUUGUAGUCCAGCUGGUCCAUGGCAUCCCAGGCGAGGAGGACGAGGUCAAGGAGGUGCUAGAAAACCUCGAAGUUCCCCUUUGGGCCCAGCCACAAUUGGAGCACCUCAUGGCCAACCCAGGGAUACUCGACACAGUGUUGGACGGCUCCCACCUGGCUGCCCUCAUUGCAGAAGGGUACCGUAACAGGUGGACAUCGCACAGGUUCUCCCAGAACCUCAUGGCGCCGCACAAGGGCACGUGGCCUGGCGUGCCCCUAGCCGACGCGGACUUCAAUCUGCUCUUCGGCCGA